CUUUUCUCUGCUGCUGCUGCUGGAUGGUGCGUUAGGAGCGCACGCAGGACGGCACCGGGGGCUUCCCUUCUGUCUGAUGGAGACGGGCUGAGGAGGGGGACAAGGUCCGGCCGGCACCUCGAGGAUCCCGCAGGAAAAGGACUCCGCUCCUGCUGCUGUGAAAGCCGCGGGGAGCGGGCACGAACCAGGGCAGCGAGAGGGGAGACACCGGAGAUCCUCCAUCAUCUGAAGGUCUCCUGCCUCUCUUCCAGGGCGUGUCUUGGGGAUUGUGUCUAACAUGCACGCUCCCAUGAGUGUGUAGCCUGUAGAGUCAAGAGGAGUGUUAAGUGUGUGUGUUUGUGUGUGUGAGUGUAUACUUGAAGCACAGACAUGGGCUCUGUGGGAGCAGAGCGCCGCAGGCCCACACCGGUCCAGACGCCUGAGGAGAGAGAUGUGUGGAGGGAUGGAGGGAGAGCUGGAUGGAGGGAUGGAGGCAGGGAGGGGUGGAGGGAGGGCAGAGAGAGCGGCGUGGUGCAGAGCUACAGCUUCGACUCAUACCAACUGGAGGAGGAGGAGAUCAGUAAAGACGCCCCGGAGCGAGGAGUGCUGGCUCUGUCCGAGCCCGACUUUGAGGAGCCGAUCCCUGACGACCGUUACCAUGGCAUCUACUUUGCAAUGCUAUUGGCUGGCGUGGGUUUCCUGCUUCCCUACAACAGUUUCAUCACUGAUGUGGACUACCUGCACCACAAGUUUGAAGGGACGUCCAUAGUGUUCGACAUGAGUCUGACGUACAUCCUGGUGGCUCUGCUGGCCGUCAUCCUCAACAACGUGCUGGUGGAGAGACUCAGCAUGCACACCAGAAUCACUGUGGGUUACAUCUUAGCUCUCGGGCCGCUGGUCUUUGUCAGUGUGUUUGAUGUGUGGCUGGGCAAGUUCACCACCAGGCAGGCUUAUAUCAUCAACCUGGUGUCAGUUGGAGUGGUGGCCUUCGGAUGUACAGUGCAGCAGUCCAGUUUCUAUGGUUACAUGGGGAUGCUGCCCAAGAGGUACACGCAGGGGGUGAUGACUGGAGAGAGUACAGCGGGUGUGAUCAUCUCCCUGUCGCGCAUCUUCACCAAGCUGCUGAUCCCAGACGAGAGGAGGAACACGCUCAUCUUCUUCCUCAUCUCCAUCAGCAUGGAGAUGCUCUGCUUCCUGCUUCAUCUGCUGGUCCGCCGCUCCCAAUUUGUCCACUACUACACCAACCACGCCCAGGGCAAAGGUCAAGGCAAAGGUCACGACCCGCGCGACAACGGGACCGGAUACAGAGUUCACCAUGAUGUCACGGCAGAGGAAGUAAGAUUUGGAAAUGGUGGGACAGCACCAGCCACUACAGAGGAUGGCAUUGAGGACUUUGAGGGUGGGACCUAUGUGCGAUUCGACGCCCCGAAAGCCAAGAUAAGGAGGAGCUGGCCUGGUGUCCGCGACAUGAUCUUGCAUCGCUACGUGGUGUCCCGUGUGAUCUGGGCCUACAUGCUGUCUAUAGCAGUAACCUACAGCAUCACUCUGUGUCUCUUCCCCGGACUGGAGUCAGAGAUACGAAACCCCAUGUUAGGAGAGUGGCUCCCCAUCCUCAUCAUGGCCACCUUCAACAUGUCCGACUUUGUUGGCAAGAUCCUGGCAGCGCUGCCGUACGAUUGGUCCGGAGGCCGCCUGCUCUUCUUCUCCUGUCUGAGGGUGGUCUUCAUCCCUCUGUUCGUCAUGUGUGUGUACCCGGCCGACGCGCCAACCCUAUCUCAUCCCGCCUGGCCCUGUCUCUUCUCCCUCCUCAUGGGAGUCACCAACGGCUACUUCGGGUCUGUGCCGAUGAUCCAGGCUGCGGGCAAAGUGCCGCCCGAGCAGAGGGAGCUGGCAGGGAACACCAUGACAGUCUCCUAUAUGACAGGCCUGAUGGUGGGCUCUGCUGUGGCGUACGCAGCUUACAGCUUCACCGCUCAUGCAUCAGGAACCCACCUCUCCCCAGUCAAUAUACACACACCUGCCAACGCUACAGGGUUCUGAAUGUCCACACACAAUAAAACACACACACACACAUGUAAACACACAUACAUGUACACACACCUGCAGGCAUUUAAACACACAAGAUCCCGGCCAGGAGAGGCAGCAGAGACUGAUGGACUCAAGUCCAGCUGCAGAAAGACAUCUGUAAAGAACUCUUUAAAGGUUUAUACUCCGAGAGACUGAUUCUCCUUCGCUUUGAUUUGACUCAUCUGGGGAAAAAAAUGGAGGAAAUUAUGUAAAACAGUAAAAACGUAGCAGAUUUCUACACUCUCUCUUCAGCCUGGUGGUUCACUGACCUUCAAAUGUCACGGCUCCGCUGUGAUGAACUUUUCCCUGGAGGUGGAGAACAGCAGCUGUGCAUCUGUCAGAGGGCCAACAGAAGCCCUUUGAGUGUCUCACAGUGAAAUUAUUGUCUGCAUGUGUGUGCGAACAGACCGCCUGACAUUUGUACAGUGUAAAGUCAAGUGGUUUUUCGCUGCAGGGAACGAACGGCUCACAGAUUUCGAGGAUACCUCAUGUCACAGGUCACAUACAUGUUACAUUUCACAAUGUUGAUAUUCAGAGUGGAGAGAUGAUGUCAGCGUGGAUUUUUCUUGACCAUAUGUUUCAGCUAUUUCUUUAUUAUAAUCUCCGACAGCCUCUGACUGCUAGAGCUCUGAUCAGGCCUGAAAAAUCAGGCUCAACCCUACAUGUACACACAUACUAUCUGUCCAAGUCUAACCAGAGCUCGAAACACAGCAGCAGUUUUGGGCCUGAGCUCGAUUGAAAACCCAAAUUAAAACACUUAUUACAAGCCAAAGCCAAGUAGUCUUUUCAGCGCGGUAACACGAUCUCCGACACGCGCCUUGUAAUCUAACCCUAAACAUUUUCAUUAUUUAUCAUGGAUUAAUGGCAACACAUCCCAAACAUUAUUCAUGACAUUACACAGAUGAUAACGGCCCAGACAUACAACCAACAUCAAAGAACUAGUGGCGACUAUUACAUUGCCUGUGACUCAGCCAAAAAGUUUGUCUGAACACACCGAAAAGACAAAGCCAACGGCCAACUAGCAAAUAUGUUCUGCGCCUUUGUGAGAGGAAGUGACUGUAGUCUGUAUUCGUUAUUCAAAAAGGGAAACCAGAAGACUGACAAGACGGAUUCAAGAAGCUAGUUAGCCAGUUAGCACGUUAACAACACAACCUUAAGCUCAGCUCAGACCAAAGAUUCGCGACGAGACGAAACCGUUUUUAGAAUGUUGCAGAGAAAAGUUGCAGCGGUGUGAACUGGCUGUCUGAGCUCGACUCAAGCAGGCUGAUGGUGUCACCUGCAACUCAGCUGAUCAAAUCGCCGGGGGCUGGUUUAGAACGUAAGGCGCGUCGCCUUUUUUUUUUAAAACCAAUCAGCUUGUAGUGAAGUCAGCUGGUCAAGUCAAAAGACCAGACGGUGUAUUUGCUUGCUGCUGCAGGUGCUUCGUCCCUGCUUAGCCCUCUGUUUCCGUCCUCACGUGUGCCAGUGUCGGACGAUGAGUCGGUGCACUGGUUACUUAUAUUAUUGUGGCAUAUUUAUUAUGUAUACAGUCCAUCCGAUGCUCGUUUUGUUUCUGUGUUUCUCCGUUUCAUCACUACUACGAAUGCAGCUGUAGCCAGUAUCUCACUAUCACUAUCCUCAUUCAUAUUUUACGAAGCUACAAAUUAUAUUCAGCCACAAAAUAAACCUGAAAAGCUGCAAAUCGGAACAGAAGUACAGAGAGUUGUUGCAUAGAGAUGAUGUGCCGUCUCAUCUAGUUGCAUUGGUGUGAACCGGCAGGUUUUUAGAACGUUGCAGAACGGCGCAUUGCAAGUAGCUGCCUGUUUCAACUCGUCUCGUCGCAAAUCUUUGGUCUGAAUGAAUUGAACAUGCUAAAUCAGCGGCAGCCAACAAGGCCGACUAGUGCUAACUGCAUUGGACACACCACAAAAACUAGAGUGACGGAUACUUAACGUCAGAGCCCGGUCAGGUUCGGGCAGAGAACCAAAGCUCUACUGACUGAAACAUUUAAAAACUACAACAGGAGCAACAUAAGAGGAGCCCCAUUAAAUUCACAGUGAAACAGAAGUAAGAGUGUGUUUAGCUCCUGUAAUGUGACGCAUUUGUGAGUAUAAUAAAAUAUGUGGAUUUAUGAGAUGGUUUUAAAGAGAAGCAAACCGUUUUUGCAGGCUGGAAUGCAGUCACCCCAAAUCACAUCAUGACUGGACAAGUUUAAGUACAUGAACUUGGGUUCAAGAGUCACUGAACUUGUUCUAAUGUCUUACAGGAAAAGAAAAGAGAGGGAAUUCAAUAUUUUCUAACAUGUAUUUAGCUUAGAAUAAUUGAAAACUUAACUUUAAACACUGCAACACAGAUUUAGAACUUGAAAAAAAAAAAUGUUAUUUAUGUUACUGUGCCUUAAAAGCAAUUAUAGUUUUCAAUUAAUGAUAAACGUGCAUCAAAAUUUGACUUUCUUUAGGUUAUUGAAUUCUUAAAAAAACAUCCUUUUUAUAAACAGUAGCAGCAUCAACCUGGACUUUAUCUUGAUCGGAUUCCCUCAAGAUGUUUGCAUCUGGUUUGUCUCCACUCAGCCAGUUUAUUAAAUCUGAAUUAGACUUGUAUUUAUUUAAGUAAUGAGUAACAUUACUCCUGUCAGCCUUGUUUAACCUUGGAGGUAGGAGUACAUUGUGCAUUAGCAGGCGGUGUUCUCUGUUCUUUUUAUUUAAUGCUAAAAGAAGACAAGAAUAAGCUGAUCUGAGUUGUUCAGUGAGUCUCACAUCACGUCUUGCACCCUCUGAUGGAUGGAAAGAGAACAAAAUGUCUGUAUGAGUGAGGUAGUGAUGAUAGCUGUGACUUGCAGCUGUGAUUUUUAAAGAAUUGUUUGCGUCCCUCUGAAUGGUGUCUGUGUGUAACAUCCAUGUAAUGAUGUGGGAUAUUAUGGGGAAAUGAACACGUGCCAAAAAGUCUGCCUGUUUCUGAUCAGCAGCAGCUGAGAAAAGACUGAAUGUAAUAAACAGGAUGAGAGCUGGAAAUAUAUAGAGUGAAAUGCACUGACGGGAGUGAGGAGAGUUAUUUUAUUCAUGUGAAAUAUUUUUGGUAGCUUUACUCAGCAGCACCUGUUUCCUUUAUUCUUUCUGCCUCCUCACGUUUCCUGUUGGACAUGAUUAAUUUUUCAGCGAUCAGAGGAUCUCCUGGCUCUGCAGAGUUCAGACUUUAUACAUUAUGAAGAAAACAGGCUUCAGUGUAGAAAGCCGUGAAGUGCACUACAUUAUGUAGGUGACGGCUUGAAUGGAGCCUAAUGUCAGCGCCGUUUGAAGAAUGGUAGGGUGCCAUUUGGGAGCUAACCUCAUUACUGUAUGUAUGUCCCAGUGUGCUGACGGCGCCACAUCGCCGCGGGCCUCUCUCCUCUCAGCGAGCUGCCGGGU